AUAAUUAAGAAGAGGAACAUAAUUAAGUUACUAAGUUAGGUUUUUUUUGGAGAAUUAAUUGCAUGUAAUUAUGGAUUUGAUCUCCCAAUCUCAAGAGUACAAGAUCUAAUUGCAAGAUUAUAUAAUUAAAGACAAGAGAUGGGUGCAUGUUGUACAUGUCAAAGGGGACAAAAAUUAGAAGGCAAGAAUCAUCAUCAUCAUAAUCAUAGUCAUAAUCAUAAUCACCAUCAUCAUAAUAAUCAUCAUAGUUAUUUUGAGGAGAAUAAAAAUAAUAAUAAUGGGGAGCAUAAAGAAGGUGAAGAUGAUUAUCAAAGCAUAGUAGGAAGAGGAGAUUUGGGUAAUAAUGUAAGGUUAUGUGGAUUUUCUAAAUUUGUAUCAAUGUAUAGUCAACAAGGUAAAAAGGGGAUCAAUCAAGAUGCCAUGACUGUUUGGGAGAACUUUGGUGGACAGAAAGGUAUGUUUUUCUGUGGUGUUUUUGAUGGACAUGGACCAUCCGGCCACAAGGUGGCACGUUACGUUAGAGACUCGUUACCUUCUAAACUUUCAUCAUCCAAUGUGAUCAGUACCAAUGAUAUUAGAUGGGAUGCCGAAAAGGAUGAUGAAUCUAACAACCCAAUCUUCGAUGCAUGGAAAGAUAAAUUUAUCAAGUCUUUUAAAGAAAUGGAUGAAGAACUUGAAGGUGAUGGUUCUAUCGAAAGCUAUUGCAGUGGUACAACUGCAGUGACUUUAGUUAAACAGGGAGAACAUUUGAUAGUUGGAAAUUUAGGAGAUUCUCGAGCUAUUAUUUGCACCAGGGAUGACAAAAAUGAGCUUGUUGCUAAGCAACUCACGGUAGACUUGAAGCCUAACCUCCCAGCUGAAUAUGAAAGAAUCAAAAGUUGUGAAGGAAGAGUAAUGGCGAUGGAGGAAGAACCAAAUAUAUACAGAGUAUGGAUGCCUGAUCAAGAUUGCCCUGGCCUUGCCAUGGCAAGAGCUUUCGGAGAUUUUUGUUUGAAAGACUUCGGUCUCAUCUCGGUACCUGAAGUAUAUUAUAGAAAGCUCACUGAAAAGGAUGAAUUCAUUGUCUUGGCAUCGGACGGGUUGUGGGAUGUUUUAAGCAACGAUGAAGUGAUCCGGAUAGUAGCUUCAGCAAGGAAGCGAUCUAUUGCAGCAAGACUCGUGGUGCAUCAUGCAGUUCGAGCCUGGAAAUACAAGUACCCGUGUGCCAAGGUAGAUGAUUGUGCUGUUGUAUGCUUGUUCUUGAAACGCCAGAAGCCUCUGCUAACGAAAUCGUUGUCAGAAGUAACCGAGCUGAGCUUAAAUUAUUCAGAGAUAGCAACCAGCAAAAACUACUCACCAAACUCCAAGAUAGAUGAUGGUCUUGAUACACUGCUAAAUUAUCAAGUCAAGGAAGAAAAAGAUCCAAAUGUUGCAACUGGACUUAAUGAUGAUCAUAAAAAGAGUUCUUCGAGACACGCUCGUUACCUUAGCAGACGAAAAUCUGCAGUGAAUUUUUGAGUCCAUUGUAAUGAAGCAGUAAUGUGUGAAAUUGAAAAGAAGAAAAAAAAAAUGUAAGCUACAAAUUUAAAUGAAAUACUUGUAUGUAUUUUGAUUUGUAUAGUAGUACUAGUCAAAUAGCCCAAGGCAAAAGAUGAAUGAUGGUGUAUUUGGCAAAAAAAAUGAUGACAGAAUAAGGAUUGACACCUUGGAGAGUUGAAAAAUGUUGUUGCU